UCGCCUCCGCCUGCCCCUCCCGCGCGGGCCUGGCUGGGGGACGCGGGCCUAGCGGGGUUCCGCGCGGCAGCCCGGUCCUAGGCCUGGGGUACGCCGGGGAGUCAGCGCCCCCUGCCCCGGCCCGAGGCUGGAGCAGAACGGCCGAGCCCAGAGAGCUCGCAGCCCCGCCCCCGCAGAGAGAGAGAGAGAGAGGGAUGACCCGAGCCACUUAGCGCGCGCGCCUCUAGGCCUCAGUGCCGUUAGCACCGCGCGCCUGCUCACGAGCACGCUCAGAGUCACGUGUCCCGCGCCCUGUUGGAGCGGGGUGGUUGAGUCUCCCGGGGUCUGGCAGGGGGCGCUGCACUAGGCGACACGGCGGCUGCGCCGGGCUCCGGGCGGCCGGUGCUGAUCGCGGGCGGGCGGAGGGAGGGAGGCGGUAGCAGCGCUGAGCGAUGGCCGGGGAGGACGGAGCCGCCGCCCCCGAGGCUGCGCAGCCCCGCGCGGACCCGAGCCCGGGCAGUGGCGGCGGCGGCUACGACGGCAAGUGCGUCUUCUGCAGGAUCGGCCGUCGGGAGGAGCCGGGCACCGCGCUGCUGCCCUGCGAGUCUGAAGGCCUAGUCUGUUUUAGAGAUAUCAGACCUGGGGCUCCACACCAUUAUCUAGUAGUGCCAGUAGAGCAUAUGGGAAACUGCAAGACUCUAAAGAAAGAGCACAUACCACUAGUGGAGAAAAUGAUGGAAGCUGGAAAGAACAUCCUUCAGCAAAAUAAUUUUACUGACUUGAACGAUAUAAGGAUGGGAUUCCACUGGCCUCCAUUCUGCUCAAUAUCUCACUUACAUCUUCAUGUCCUGGCCCCAGCCAGUCAGUUGGGAUUCUUGUCCAGGAUGAUAUACAGAAUCAAUUCCUAUUGGUUUAUCACGGCUGAACAGCUGAUUGAACGACUGCAGACUGAAAAUGCUGCCAGUUGAAAGCACCUUGCCUAGUUCUGGAUCACAUAUCAAUUUAGAUUUUGUUCUUUGAACUCUGAUUAAGAUUAUACAGUUUGGUGCAACUAUUUGUUAGGGUUUUUUUUUAAGAAAAGGAAAAGCUUGAAUUGAUUGCCUAUUCCUUCAGGGCAAGAAACUUUUGAUUGUCUACCUAAUUCUUAAUGUAUGUAUACUCAAGUUUUCUGAUAAUAGAUGCAAAAUAUUUGACUGGAAAAUAGAGUAAUAUAUAAAACACUAGUUCUAGUAAAACAGAGUAUAAACAGUAAUGGUUUGAAUGUAUUAAAACUGGGAAAAUUUUCAACAGUAACUAUUAAUAGCAUGUACACUGUACCAAGUUGAAUGGUUAAAAUUGGAAUCUAGCUUUUCUAUUUAAAAAAAAAUUGGGGAAUACAAUAGUGUUUAAAACGUACAGGUUUCCUUUAGUACUUGCAUGAGUCAUGCUGGUGAUGUCUAGUUCUUAGUAGGUACAGUGCUAAAGAUAGACACUACUGUUCUUUGGUGCUAAACCAUCACUGUAUCUUGCAUGGUAAUGGUCUGUAGCAAGUGCUAAACAUAACAUAUUGAGCCCAGAAUAUGAUGAUGCUUUAGAACAUAGAAUUUAGUUUAAAUGUGUGUAGGAAUGUUUAUAUGAUGGACUUGGAUUAAGAUUGUUACUCAUCUUGAAUAUUAAUUCUCUAAAUAAUUUAACUAUACAUUUAAAAAUCUUGUCAAGAGUUUGGAUGGAUUGAAUUAACACACUUGCCUCUGGGAAUCAAGUUUAAACUAGAACCUAGAUUAAGGACUUGUCUACACAGUGCAUUAGUCAGCGCUAGAAGAGCGGGGUGUAAAUUCUAGUGUACAUUACUCUGUUGCAUACUAACUAGCCUGUGUGGCUCCUGCUGGAACGCACUAAAAGAUCCCUAGUGUGUGUGAAUGUAGUCCUGUUUCAAACAGUACUACAUUCACACACACUAGGGAUCUUUUAAUGCAGUGGUCCCCAACGCGGUGCCCGCGAGCGCCAUGGCACCCGCUGGGGCAUCUGUCUGCGCCUGCCUACUGGCCCACGGACAAGCAUCCGCCGAAAUGCUGCCGAAAAGCAGCAACGUCAAGAGGCGUUGCUGCCGAAAUGCCGCUGAAAAGCAGCGUCAUCAAGAGGUGUUGACGCUGAUUUUCGGCGGCAUUUCAGUGGUGACGCCUCUUGACGUUGUGCUUCUCGGUGGCAUUUCGGCAGAUGCUUGUCUGCUGGCCACUGUCCUCGGUGUCUCGUUGUCCAGCGCCCGCCAGAUGAAAAAGGUUGGGGACCACUGUUUUAGUGCAUGCCCGUGAGGUUCACAUGGGCCAGUUAGUUUGCAACAUGGUAGUGUGCACUAGAAUUUUACAUCCUUCUCGUGCAGACGAACACACUGGGUAGACAAGCCCUAACAUAUGGUUCUACUGAAUGUCACUCGGAUUUACUUAUGCCAUGGCUAAAUUUGACUCCUAACUAUUAUAGGUCACAAGAUAAAUUGUUCACUGAUGGUGGGUCACUGAUGGUGUUGUUCUUGAGCUCACCACACACAACUACCAUAUAAUCUGAUAGAUUUUGGCAUAUCUGGGACUCAGGUAAAGCCCAAAUCUGAAAUAUUCAUGUGAUGCGGUGUCAAAGAGUUGCAUGAGGUGGUGUUCACAGGGCCUGUCUGCACUGUGUCUGGCUUUGGCCUGUGCUGUCGGUCCCUCAUUUUUAUAAGCACCAAAUUAAUUCAGAUCAUUUGAAAAGAAGAUAAAAUUUCAGGACAAUAAUUUUAUCCCUUGUUUGUUUGGUGUUUUUUUUUUGUUUGUUUGUUUCUACCAAACUAUUUUGCAUUUACCUAAUUGAAACCAGUGCCCUUAGCAUCUACGUGUUAACAGCCAAGGUAGUGGUUAUCCAUUGCACCUGCAGGUUUCUCUGAGAAGUCUUGAAGUGUUUGCCACGGAUCCUGUUGCCUUACUCAUGCAAUGUUUUGUAAUGUUUAUUUAUGUAACACCUUACUUGUAUAUAGUACUUGAAGUGUUAAGAAUAUGCAGACCAAAGAACAAAAUUCCCUGCCAUAAAGAGCUUGCUUCUGUCUAUCUUUUCUCUGAGACAUUGCACUUAGGCUAUCUCUGCAGUUGGAGCUGAGGGUGUGGUUCCCGGACAUACCUGUGCUAGCUUUGCUUAAGUUAGCAUGCUAAAAAUAGCAGUGUAAUUUAUGGUGGGGGGGGGGAGGCAUGAGCUGUGGCAUGAGCUAGCUAUCCUGCUUGUAUCCCACCCAGACCCAGUGGUUACCUUCUCAAGGCAGCUAGCCCAUGCUGCCACUUGCUGCUGCCUGUGUGACUCUGGCUACACUGCUAUUUUUAGCAUGCUAGAUUGAUCAAAGCUAGCACUGGUACCGGAGCUGGGAAACGCAUCUUCAGCUCCAAAUAUAGAUGCAGUGUUAGUGUCUUGAUCCUCUUGUUACAGGGGAUUGGCUUGUAAUUUACAGUACUUUGGAGUCUGGUUUAUUUCAGGAUGGUGCUAGGAAGACUUUGAUUCAUUCCUUUCAAUAAUUAGGGGAUCAACUCACACAUCCUAACUUGAUUAAAAUAUUAGGAUGCCAAUAUAUUAACAUCUUUUUUAAAACAGUGUUAAAAAUACUGCUCAUGAAUAUUGUGGUAGUGAGUUAAUUUAUGUAACUAUAUUUAACUGAUAUGCAUCAUUACAACCUACUUUUAUGAGCCAGUUUUAAAAUAUUGUGGAAAAGCUUGAUAAAAACCAGAAGUAGUAAAUGUUAACCUAGGCUUCUUGGAAUAUUUUAUAAUUCUGUCAGAGGUAGAUGGUUGAAUUUAACUGUUAUAUUCUUAGGUGUCAUACCUUUGCAGAGCUGCUAAAAUGUGAAAAUGAAAAGUAUCUUAACUCUGAUAUAGAAAAUGUAGACAGGGUCACAUUCAGUGCUUAGAAUGAAACUCUAGUGGGACAGAUGGUGCUGGAAACUGUUAAUGGGAAACAGAAACUUUCAUUUCUGGGUUGCUAGUUCCAAUUCAGUCUAGGCUGGUAAUGACAAAACAACAAAACCACAUUGCCAUUUAAUGGCUGUUCAGUGGCUUAUAUAAACAAAAUUUAGUUUUAAUCAAGUUAAUAGGGGAUGGGUAUUUACAUCACAAAGAACACCAUAAUUAACAAUUACUCCCUGUUUUUGGUAGAUACUAAGGUCAAAGACUGAAUGACCUUUUCACCAACUAAAGACUAAACCUUUAUAGCUGAGUCAUAGUCAGGGUUGUGUGUGGCAGUAGUCACUACUGUUGCCCUGUUAGACGUGCCCUUGCCCAUACUGUCAUUUUUCCCAGGGUAAAAUUAAAUUGGGAAUUUAGUGUACAGUGUUUGCCCAACUGUACUUGUAAAAUGAGACUCUACUCUGGAAAGAGACAAUGUAUAAACAGGACAGCCUUACUCAGCUGCGUAUAUUUAGAAUUGCCUAUUCAAUUUUAGUUAAUAAAUUUUUACCUCCAGAAAGAUCAGCACCUCAUAUCAAGAGUUAGAUUUUAUUACAUCUUGAGCAUCAAUGGAAUUUUGUAAAUUCCAGCCAGUUAUAUGUGUGCAAACCUCACUCGACACAAUAGGGUUAUAAGGGUAUAAUGAGGGCAUAAUUUUGCCUGCAAAAACCUUUUUGUGAUGUGCAAGAUUGAAAGAAGCCAACUUGAUUCUGAGAUUAGAUUGUUUACAGGGCUGGCUGUUAACAUUUAAUUGUAAAUGGAGCUACAGAAACUGAGACAAACAGAACCUCACACAGCUUUUCUUAGGCCAUGUCUACACUAGCACGUCUGCACAAUUUUUAUUGCUCAGGGUGUGAAAAAACACACUCUCAGCAACGUGAGUUUUGCCGGUGUAAGCACUUGUGUGCACAGCUCUAUAUUGGUGGGACAGCAUCUCCCAUCGACAUUGCUACCGCCAAUCGUUGAGCUGGUUUUAUGUCAACAGCAGAGCUCUCUCCUGUUGGCAUAAUGUGGUUACAUGCGCGAUCUUAGUGGCACAGCUGUAUCGGUACAGCUCUGCUGCUGUAAGCUUGCCAGUGUAGACAUGGAGAAGUACUUCUCAGUGUAGAUUUUCACUUUGUUUCCUUUGGGGGCUGACUAAGUUCAUGGUGGACCUGUUGGGAGUAGUAAGUUUGCUUCUUGAAAAGGGCACUGUCAGUGUUAAUAACUUAAAUAAAAAAGUAAGAAUUUU